AUGGCGGAUGGACAGCUGGAAAGCAGAUUGAGAAUGGAAGACUAUGAGAAACUACAAAGCCUCUUCCUGGAUGACGUUGGGAAAACUCUGUCCCUAUCCAGAACUGAGUUUGUUGACCAAGCCCACUGCCUCAUAGGACAGGGCUCCAAGGAGGAGUAUGGCCACCUAUUUGACCGUGUGAUUGUCACUCAAGAGCACCGCGGCCUGCUAAUGGACAGUGCAGAUAAGAAAGGGGAGUGUCGGACAGAUUGGGAAGGGCUGAGCUCCUACCUGCUGUUGGAGCUGUCGGAGAAGGAGGAGCAUGCCAGAGCCAAGCGUGUGCCUCGCUGGAGAGCCCCUCGAACUCUGACCUCUCCACACCGUGACCCUGUCCAACAGGUGGCAUACCUGCGUAGCUCGGCCCGCUACCUGUCUGUGAGCAAGGGGGGCACUCUGGGGCUGUGGGGAGGGGAAGACUUCUCCCUCCUACAAAGCCAGCGCCUCCACAACAGCUCGGUGAGGCCCCGCGACCUCUGGGUGACCUCCAUGGUGGUGCUGCACAACAUCAACAAGAUAGCGGUGUCGUUCACCACUAAGGAGGUGUGUUUCUAUGACCUGCUCUCCAAACAGGAGUUAAGCCUCCAGUACAAAUUGCAGGGUUUGAGACACGCCCCCCUGUGUUUAGACUACUGGGCUGACCCCGCCCACCCCGACCAGGCAGUGCUCACCAUAGGAGACACAGGAGGACAGGUUAGUGCUAUAUGCUUCCGGUCAGCUCAGAUCUCUCUGUUUGAGAGACUCAGCACAGGGGCGGAGACGGAAUCUGACGACAUCAUCAAGUGGGAGGAGUUAGCACAGGGAAGACAUCACUGCUGCUACACACUCACACACCGAGAGCACGGACAGGCAUGGGUCCGCAGAGUGCGUUUCCUUGGCUCCUUAGAGGCCUUUGUGUCAUGCAGCACCAGCGCUCAGAGCAGCAUGGUGAUUGGUUGGCGAGCGCAAGAGGGCGUGCCUCUUCGACUUACCGCUUUCCAAACAGAGAAAGGAGCCAAUGAUCUGGAUCAUCACCCUGGUCUCAACCUCAUUGCCACAGCAGGGGUAGACAACAAGGUUCUCCUGUGGAACCCCUAUGUAAUCUUCAAACCUGUGGGCGUCCUCCGAGGUCACCUGACCAGCGUCACCGCCGUACGCUUUGUCCUGGACAAGAAACAGCUGAUCAGUUACUCCAAGGACAAGGUGCUGAGACUGUGGGAUGUCUCCAGCCAACUGUGCAUCCAGCUGGUUACGGGGCUGUUCCCCAGGACCCAGGAGGAGUGUGUGACCCUGGUGUACCUCCACGAGGAGCGCUCGCGCCUCCUGCUCUCCUUCAACAGCCUCCUCCUCCUCCUGGAGGGUCCGCGCAGGGAGACGGGCCAUAGGGCUCUCAGCCACCACUGCCCUGUCACCUGUGUUAUCUACAACAGUCUCUUCAGACAGGUGUGGGACUUUAACGGCCACUGCCAUCACCGUCUGGAUGCAGGCAGAGAGCAGGCCUUGGAGAUCUCCCAGCUGCUGGUGCUCAACAGGAGCGUGUUGGUCAUGGGCUGGGGCAGGAUGUUAACUGUGUUUCGGCUCCACUCCUUCUCCCAGUUCUUUGUGCAGCCCUCAGAGUGGAAGGGGGGUGUUCAGCAUCAAGACCACAUUCUGUGUGCUACUUUCCAGCCCCCACAAGCCCUUGUCACAGGAAGUUAUGAUGGUGAGAUCACAGUAUGGAACAACAGCACAGAGAAUGCUCUGAGAAAGCUCCGCCCACCUCAGAGAGAACCCGGUGUGACUGGGCUGGGUCAGAGCCAAGGCCAUGCCUCCAGGGCCACGAGCGAGGAAGGGCCAGAGAGAACCGACGCCGUUACCAGACUCUACUUCCUGCCUGGGCGGGGCAAGGGCUUGGGGUCCACAGGCUGUGCAAACCUGGUCUCCUGUGGUGGUUCUGGUGUGGUGCGGUUCUGGAACACGGUCGGUAGCAGCUUGGUCGGAGAGUUCACUGCCCAUAGAGACGCAGGAGCAAUCAUCAUGACUGUGAGCUCCUGCGGUCGAUACCUGGUCACUGCUGAUAUAAGCCUGAAGGCCUGGGACAUACUGAACUACUGCUGCCAGCCUGAAGAGGGAGUGACCAAUGAUGCUCCGGAGCUGCUAGGUAGGCUACGCCCACACCUGGACUGUGUCACUCACCUGGAGACCUGCAUCCAUGGCGACAGACUCCUCCUCCUCUCGGCCUCGUCCGACUGCUGUGUGGCUCUCAGCUACCUGCCUGGACACACAGUGGGCAUCUUUGGGCAGGAGGAGCACUGGCACCUUGAGGGCCCAGGGGCUACCACCCCAAUGCAGGGGGCACAGGGAGGGCCCACACAAGAGGCAGGAUCCUCCCCCAGCCUGGGGUGCGUUCCCUCUGAGCCUGGUACCAACCCCCCAGAGGAGGAGGGAGUCAUGCCGGAGGCUGUGAAGGCAGAGGAGGAAAAAGGGAUGGAAAGAGAAGAGGAGAGAGGGAUGGAGGGAGAAGAGGAAAGAGGGAUGGAAGGGGAAUCGUCUGUAUCCAGUGUUUCCAGCACAUCUCAUCACUCCAGUUGCAUUUUGGAGAGAAGCUUUGAGAAGAGGCUGGACCUCAGGGUGAUUGACAGCCGACCUGUCCGCAAGGAGACACCGCUGAACUCUGAGUUUGGUAUAUUCAGUGGCCUUCACAUGGAAGAUCUCCAGUCUGUAGCAGAGCUGUCUAGACCAGACUUUGUGAGUCAUCCUCACCUCUACUUUAACAGAAAGCAGGAGAGCAGCCCAAUUCUACCUGAGAAGACACACACACAUGUGAAAGCAGUGUUUGAUGAGCACAGCCUGUUCCCUAAAGAGCUGUUGGAUCUGAAAGACGGCCUGAGCCAUGGAGACUUCCGGAACAAUCAGGAAGAAAGGAAGGAGUGCAGGGAGCGGAAGGCUGGGAAAGGGAGAGGUCGGAAAGACAGAAACCCAAAGGGAAGUGUGUCAGGGACACCUUUCAAGUGAAAACCAACACAUACACUCUGGCUUCAUGAGAGAUCAAGAUUGCCACCACUUUGCCUUCAAGAGUUCCUGACAGCUGCCCUUCAGAUGAAGGAUGAUGUCUGCUAGCAGGUGGCCCUUGUUAAGGAGCUCAAAAACACUCAACCCCUGUCACCCUAGGUCACUUGAACAUGUCAUGCUGGUUGAACUGAAGACAGUACACACACACACUCUCUCUCACACACACACACAUUUGUCCAUGCUUAUAAUUUUUUAUAGAUUUAACAUCAUUACACUACUGUUGCAAUGUUUAUCAUCUUCCCAUAGUUGCAUCCAUUAAGCUAUUAAGCUGCAUCAAACAUGGCUAAUCAACUCCAGGUUGUUCCUUAGCAGACACCAUACUCAGAAUGGGAGGAUGCUGCAUUUAAAGGAGGUGUAUUUUAUUAGUCUGACAUUUAAUGGUAUGUGACUUUUAGACUGUAGCCUAUAAAAUGGGUUGGGUUUAUGUAUUAGAGAGAGAAGCUGCAGACUAAUGCCAUCUUGUGCAAUGCUUCUCUUUCUUUAUCAUCGUGUUACCCUGUGUGUUCUGUUAACCCCACCAUGACCCUGUGCUCCCAGCCACGACCACAUGGCCCAAACUUGAUGUGUUUGCUGGUCUUGUUUGUUUGUUGUCUGUUUGAUUGUUGGUCUUUCUCCACAUGGCGCCAUUGGCAUAUAUGAGACAGAAAUAGCUCUCUUUGUUGUGUUUACAUCCCAUUCUCAGGGUUGGCUAGAAUGCACAGUGCCUGACUGGGGCCUGUGGCCUCCACAGAGUUAGAUAAGUUCACUUUUUUUCCAGCCUACUUGUGUAAUUACCUCCAAAUCUCACUCGAAUAAGAUGUUUUUGCUAGGCUAAGCCAUUGAUUAGGAUGACCAAGGAUCUUUUUUGGACUGAAGAAACUGUUUUCCAAGUAAUUAUGUGGGUUACUUUUAUUGGCCUGUAAACUGUAUACGAAUGCC